AAAGGAAGUAUUGGGUACCGAAAUCUUUUUUAAGUAUUGGGUACCGAGUAUUGGAUACCGAAAAUUCAGCCCAUCACUAGCUGUUUCACAAAUUCUGGGCACGAAAUGUGGUUUUUUGCGUUCCCGUACUUCUGUAGCCGGAUUCCAGCUUGCGCUAUCGCUAAAACUCUACAAAUCUCCAAAAAUCCAAACGCUAAAAAUUAUCCGAACUUUAGGCGAUUUUUCUUAAAUGCGAUUCCGGCUGGUUCAUCUAUAAAAAUCUCCAAGGAAAAUUGUAAUACUUUUAUCCGCCGCAGGUGUCGCUGGUGUAGUUGAAGAGAAAUGUCAAAUUUUGUUUACUUUUAUGGCCCACGGGAAUUUAGUUAAAAUUUGUAAUUUUGAUAUAAUUUGCUCUAAAUCAGAAAUUAAAAGCCGCAAUCUCGGUCUAUUUCAUUAUAAUAUUAAGAAAGAGUGUUGUGAUAAUAAAUACGUGGUCAAUAUGAGAAGCUAUCAACGUUCGGUGGGACAAGACUUCUUACUUAAUGUAUCCCAAAGCAGCGUCAAUAGAUGCAUUAGAGAAAUCGCCAGUAUCAUGGACAAAUGCUUGUUAACUAGAUACAUUAAGAUUCCAUCAACAGUUGAAGAAAAACAGGCUGUAAAGGAAAAAUUUUAUCAAGAGUUCAGAUUCCCUGGGGUCAUAGGAGCCAUUGACGGAUCGCAUAUUAAAUUAAAGACUCCAUCCAAAGACAUUGAACAUGUAUAUGUUUGCCGAAAAGGAGGACACUCAAUAAAUGUGCAAGUGGUAUGUGACAUGGAUUUAAGAAUACUUGACUGUAUGCUCGUUUCGGCGGAACUGCUCACGAUGCAUCAGUUUGGAGAGCAAGUGCUUUGAAGGUUUUUCUUGACAAUAGUGACAGUGGAUAUCCUCAAUUACCGUAUUUAAUGACUCCUAUUCCGGGAAACAAUCUCUCAGAUUCUGAACAUAAUUACAACAGACAUCACCGGAAAGCAAGAAACUGUGUAGAACGCUGCUUUGGAGUGCUGAAAUCUAGAUUUCGAUGCCUGUCAAAAGAGUGCUUAUGUAUGACCCAGUUUUAGCCGGAAAAAUUAUAAAUGCUUGUAUAAUUUUGCACAAUAUCAUGAUAUUAAAUAAUAUAAGGUAUGAAAUUGAGGAUGAUGAUAACAUAAGUUUUGAUGAAGAGUUUAAUUUAGUUGAUGAAAUAACUAGUACUCAUCAUGGUAUUGCUGCAAGACAACAAAUUGUAAAUAACUAUUUUAAUUACUGAGAUUUGUGGUUUGCUCACAUUUACAUGCAUGUACAAUGUACAUAUGUAUUUGUGAUGAGCUUAUUCAGUUAGUUACAUGUUUACCAGUUUUGUUUAUUAAGUCUUGCGCCUUAUAUAACCAGCAUCGUAUAAAUCCACAUUUCAUACUUUGUACAAAAAUUAAAAAAACCAAAGAGAUUUACCAAUUUCCCAAAAUAUUUAAAACUUUGCCUUGAUGUUAAAUAUUUUUUUGUUGACGGUGCCAGGUAUUUUCUUCUAUAUAAUAGACGUUUCGAACAUACUUUACGUGGAAGAAAAUACCUAGCACCGUCAGCAAAAAUAACAAUAUUAAAAAUUCUAGCGUUUUGAAACUUGCUAUUUGUCCUACUAAAUUCAAUUUAAUUUGUAUUCAAUUUUUACAAACUUUCUACAAAGUGUGAAAUGUGGGUUUAUACUAUGCUUGUUAUAUAAUGCGCUAGACUUUAAUAAAAAAAUAAACAUUAUAAACAAUAUAAAAACAGGCAAAACUGGUCAAAAUGCAACUAACUUAAUUAGCUGACCACUAGGGUACAUCCUUUAAUUUAAGCAUUUAUUAUUAUUAUUAUUUUUUAAAUAAUUCAAUUAACGCUUACUCAAAUUUAAAAAACA